CCCCAGAGUGGCCUACUCUUCUUUACUAUCAUUAAUUUUGGAAGAAAAAAAAAGGGACAGACGUCUUGUCAUUAGCUGAUUCUUAUCUGGAUGGCUAGCCUGUCUCUUCCACUAGACAGCCUUCCAUUUCCAAUGCAAGAAGGCAAGGGAGAGGACUGCAACACCAAAGAAUCCACUGAGUUUAAAUUGGAAGAACCCAAGGGGAUGCCAGCCUAUAGUAAAGGGAGAUAGGAUGAUGGUGGACUUCCUCUCUCACCCACCUCUUCUCCUCUUCCACCUCCUUUCUUUAUCUUUGAUCGCAUGCGUAGUUCUUUGGGUCCUGAAGAACUUAACAGGCACCUGGGCGACCAGGGUUGCCAAUUAUCCCCCAGGGAGCAGAGGAAUUCCUUGGAUUGGAGAGACACUGGCGUUUGUGGCAGCAAAUAAUGGCAGCAAAGGAUUCUAUGAUUUCGUUGCGACGAGGCAUAUCCGGUAUGGAAAUUGUUUCAAGACAAGCAUACAUGGGGAGACACACGUUUUUGUGUCAAGCAUUGAAGCUGCUGGAGCAAUCCUCAACUGCGACUCUAUUGAUUUCUCAAAGAGGUACAUAAGAUCGAUUGCAGAGCUCUUGGGGGAUCACAGCUUGCUUUGUGCUUCUCAUGAACAACAUAAGCUCAUCAGGCGUCGAAUCUCCAAUCUAUUCACAGUAGAUUCUAUGGCUUCAUCAAUCAAUAUGUUUGACGAGUUAACCAUAAAGACUUUAUGCAGUUGGAAACAGAAAGGAAAUGUGGUGGUGUUUAAUGAAGCUUUAAAGGCAACCUUCACUGCAAUCUGUAAGAUGGUAAUAAGCUUAGAGGAGGAGGAUAAACUGGAAAUGCUAAGGAAGGAUGUCUUUGAAGUAAGUGAAGCAAUGCUAUCAUUCCCUCUUAAGCUGUUGGGAACUAGAUAUUAUAGAGGUGUCAAGGCUAGGAGAAGGAUCGAUGAUUCACUGAGGAAAAUUAUAGCGUCAAGGAGAAAGGGCUUGGAGCGUCAUGAGGACUUCUUACAAUGCUUUCUUGUAAGGGAUGAAUCUCUGCAUGAUGACCCCUGGACAGAUGCACAAAUUCUGGAUAACAUUUUGACACUAAUAAUUGCAGGACAAAUUACAACAGCAAGUGCAAUAGCAUGGAUGGUCAAGUACCUAGAUGAGAACCAAGAGGUCCAGGAGAGACUAAGAGCAUUGCAUCUGGAUUUGGCACUCAAACUUUCUCAUUUUCCUUUGGGGCUUGAAGCACUUAAUGAAAUGCCAUAUGCUUGUAAGAUUGUAAAGGAAUCCUUAAGGAUGGCAACAAUAGUUUCCUGGUUCCCAAGAGUGGCACUGAAGGACUGCCAGAUUGGAGGAUUUCAGAUUAAAAAGGGUUGGAUUGUGAAUGUUGAUGCAAGAUCUAUACACUAUGAUCCAACUGUAUAUGAUGAUCCGAUCAAGUUCAAUCCAUCAAGGUUUGAUGAAGACCCCAAGCUCUACAGCUUCUUGGCCUUCGGAACAGGAGGAAGGACUUGCUUGGGAAUGAAUCUGGCCAAGGCCAUGAUGCUAGUCUUUCUACAUCGACUUGUAAUAACUUUUAGGUGGAAGGUGACUGAUCCAGACUCCAGCCUAGAGAAAUGGGCAAUGUUUCCAAGGCUAAGAAGUGGGUGUCCAAUUCAUGUGACAGGAGUCGGAGCAGAGUGUAAAUUGCCGUAAGCUACUUGGUCUUAUAAGGAGAACAGCAGCUUCAUCUGCUAGAAACUUUGAAUAGCAAUCUCUGUGAGAUGAUUACUUUUUGGUGGAAUUGAGAGGAGUUGAGACUCCCCAUUAAUUGUGCUGAAAGUUGUUAGAGAAUCACUUGAGCUUUUGUACCCGGUUUAUUAAAAGCAAAGGUAGGAUUGUGAGCCCAAUGUGGUGUAUUUGUAUUGCAUACCUAUCUUUGUAGCAUCAUUUAGCUAAGGGCAUCUUUGACAGUGGAAGGACUGGAAUCUAGCCUGUUUCAACUAUACAUGUAUACCCAUUUUGGGGAUAUGAACCUUUUAAGAUGAUGGUAUUGAAGCUUGUCUAGUUCAUAA